AUGAGAGCAUUUUUGGUAAUUUUUUGCUUUUUCCUGCAGCAAAGUGACGCGAAAAUCUACCAACGAUGCGAAUUGGCGCGAGAAUUGCAUCAGAGACAUCAAUUGCCGCGACUGGAAGCUGCGAUGUUCACAUGUAUUGCGGAAAUUCACAGCGGAUUAGAUACUUCCGCCUUCUCGACGAAUCGCGGAGUACAUUCGUAUCACGGCUUGUUUCAGUUUAGCGACGAGUAUUGGUGUUCAGUAGCGGGCGAGCCGAAAAUUUGCGACGCUACAUGCGGAGAAUUCAGAGAUAAUGAUGUUGCGGAUGACAUUUAUUGCGCUUGGUAUCACGUUUAUGCGCAUCAUCAUCAAUAUUCGGGCGACGGAUUCGAUGCGUGGGAUGCUAAUGACUAUUGCAAGGCGAAUUUGGAGACGUACACAAGUUGUUUGGAUCAAACUAGUUCCCGUGUUUCGUCUUUUAGAGGCACAACGCGACAAAUUACGACGAGACCAACAACUGCGAGAGCAACUUCUCGCCCCAGAUCGAAUCACAAGUCGAAAAUUUAUCAAAGAUGCGAAUUGGCGAAGGAAUUGUACAACAAAUACGAUGUCGAAUGGGAUGAUUUGCCGACUUACGUUUGUUUGGCAAGCAAAGAAUCGAAAUACCGAACAAAUGCUUUGACAAAUUCGAAAUACGGGAUUUUCCAAAUUAGUGAGAAGCAAUGUAAUGGAGUUUGUGGCGUCGAUUGUGACUCGUUGCAUGAUACAAAUCUCGAAGAUGACGUUAAUUGCAUGAAAACUCUCUUCACGGCGCCCCAAAAUUUGUAUUCCGAAUGGAAUUCGUUCCGUGAAUGUCGUGACGGCGACAAAUGGACUUUUGUGGAUAAAUGUUUCGAAUACGAAGAUGAAGAAGUGACAACGACAACUCGACGUCCUGUAACGACAACAACUCGUCGUCCCGUAACGACAACAACGCGACGUCCUGUGACAACGACAACUCGCAGAACGACAACAACUCGUCGAACGACGACAACUCGAAGACCUACGGUAACAACAACGCGACGCACAACGACUCAACGAACGACACGCGCAACAACAACUCGCGCCGUAACUCUUGCUCAACGUUUCCAACAAGCAACGAAGCUGCCUGACAUCGAAAUUCCUGCGACAAGUCUCUUGCCGCCGUUAGAAGACUCGGAUUUCACGACAACUUUUAGAACAACGACGCAAAGGACGACAACUCAACGCAUUUUCACGACAACCGAGAAGAUCCCGGAACUAAUUUUGACGCUACAACCGCCGUUGGAAGACUAA